GUGUGAUUGACAGGUGUAAGGCCGGUGGACGGUUGCUGUGUGGCGGCAGUUUGAAACAAACGGCCGAACUGCUAAAGCUCGCGUGGUGGGUGCGGUGCGGUGCGGUGCAAAGCGGGCGGCAGCCAGCGGGAAUGGCCAAGACGGAGGACAGGAGGAAACAGAUCUCCAUUAGCGGCAUCGCCACUUUGGAGAAUGUGGCGGGGUUGAAACUUGGGUUUAACCGGCACCUGCACUUCACGCUGGCGAAGGACCGCAACGUGGCCACCACGAGGGACUACUACUUCGCCCUGGCGCACAUCGUCCGCGACCAUCUUGUGGGGCGCUGGAUACGCACCCAACAAUACUACUUGGAGAAUAACCCAAAGCGGAUUUACUAUUUGUCUCUGGAGUUCUACAUGGGUCGUACCUUGCAAAAUACGAUGAUUAAUUUAGGUCUGGAAAGUGCAUGCGAUGAAGCUAUGUAUCAGAUUGGUUUGGACAUUGAGGAACUGGAGGAAAUGGAAGAAGAUGCUGGUCUCGGCAAUGGAGGCUUAGGAAGGCUUGCAGCCUGUUUCCUUGAUUCCAUGGCGACAUUGGGCCUGGCUGCAUAUGGGUAUGGCAUAAGAUAUGAAUAUGGAAUUUUUAAUCAGAAGAUCAAAGAUGGGUGGCAGGUGGAGGAACCUGAUGCCUGGCUGCGACAUGGCAACCCUUGGGAGAAAGCUCGGCCUGAGUUCGUAAUACCUAUUUGCUUCUAUGGUCAUGUACAUCAUUCCAAAAAUGGAGCCAAAUGGGUGAAUACCGAGGACAAGGCGGCAAGACGGCACAGAGGUGGAGUUGCUCCUUUACAGCGCCAGAGACCUGGGUUCGAUCCCGACUACGGGUGCUGUCAGUACAGAGUUUGUACCUUCUCCCUGUGGAUUUUCUCUGAGAUUUUCAGUUUCCUCCCACAUCCCAAAGAUGUGCAGCAAGUUCUUGCCUUGCCAUAUGAUACACCAAUUCCAGGAUAUCUGAACAAUACUGUGAAUACUAUGAGGCUGUGGUCUGCCAAAGCUCCAAAUGACUUCCAUUUGCAUCACUUUAACGUUGGGGACUACAUCGAAGCUGUGUUGGACAGAAGUAUUGCUGAAAAUAUUACCAGAGUUCUCUACCCGAAUGACAAUUUUUUUGAGGGUAAAGAGUUGAGACUAAAGCAGGAGUAUUUUGUUGUGGCUGCCUCUCUCCAUGAUAUUGUUCGUCGUUUCAAGGCUUCGAAGUUUGGUUGUCAAGAUAAUAUUCGGAUUUGUUAUGACACAUUCGCUGACAAGGUGGCAAUCCAGCUGAAUGAUACCCAUCCUGCCUUGGCGAUUCCUGAGUUAAUGAGGAUUCUAGUGGACCUUGAGAAUCUUCAUUGGGAUCAGGCUUGGACUAUUACCAAGAAUACAUUUGCAUACACCAAUCACACAGUUUUGCCUGAGGCCCUUGAACGGUGGCCUGUGCAGCUCAUUGAGAAACUCUUGCCCAGACAUUUGGAGAUUAUUUACGAGAUUAACCAAAGGCAUCUAGAGAAUAUCAAAAAUUUAUAUCCUGGUGAUGUACAGCGUUUAAUCCGAAUGAGUUUAAUAGAAGAGGGUGUGGAAAAGAAGAUAAAUAUGGCACACCUCUGCAUUGUGGGUUCACAUUCAGUGAAUGGAGUAGCCAGGAUCCAUUCCACAAUCAUCAAAAAUCAGGUUUUUAAGGACUUUAGUGAGAUUGAACCAGUAAAAUUUCAGAAUAAAACAAAUGGAAUUACUCCGAGGAGAUGGCUUUUGCUCUGCAAUCCAUCACUGGCUGCCCUCAUAGCUGAGAAAAUAGGAGUGGGCUUCAUUAAAGAACUGGACCAGCUACAGAAACUGCAUGCCUUCGUAAAUGAUGGUCAAUUCAUUGAGGAGAUUAUGACGGUGAAAAUGAGAAAUAAAAUCAAACUUGCUACCAUGCUGGAAAAAGACUAUGGGAUCUCAAUCGAUGUAACGUCUAUGUUUGAUGUUCAUGUGAAACGAAUCCAUGAGUACAAACGGCAGCUCAUGAAUUGCCUUUAUAUCAUUGUCAUGUACAAUCGAAUUAGGAAGAACCCAAACACGUCGUUUGUUGCAAGAACUGUUAUGAUUGGGGGUAAGGCUGCUCCUGGCUAUCAUAUGGCUAAAUUGAUUAUUAAACUUAUCACAUCUGUGGCAAAUAUAGUGAACAAUGACCCUGUAAUUAACAAGAAGUUGAAGGUUGUUUUUCUGGAAAACUACAGAGUUUCACUUGCUGAGAAAGUCAUCCCAGCAACAGACCUGUCACAGCAAAUCUCUACAGCUGGCACAGAGGCCUCUGGCACAGGGAAUAUGAAGUUCAUGUUGAAUGGUGCUCUGACGAUUGGCACCAUGGAUGGCGCAAAUGUGGAGAUGGCAGAAGAGGCUGGUGAAAACAAUUUGUUCAUCUUUGGCAUGAGGGUUCAAGAUGUAGAGGAACUGGACAAGAAGGGAUAUAAUGCUACGCAAUUUUAUGAAAAGAUUCCAGAACUGAAGCAGGUGAUCGAUCAGAUUGCGGGUGGAUAUUUUUCUCCUGAUCAACAGGAUCUUUUCGGAGAUAUUCUGUCCAUGCUCUUUCACAAUGAUAGGUUCAAAGUGUUCGCUGAUUUUGAAUCGUACAUGGAAUCUCAGGAGAAAGUUAACCGGUUAUAUCAGAACCCACGUGAAUGGGCCAAGAUGGCUAUUAGAAACAUUGCUUCCUCUGGGAAGUUCUCCAGUGAUCGUACAAUCACUGAAUAUGCCCGUGAAAUCUGGGGUGUAGAACCCAAAGCCUUGAUGAUUCCUCAUCCAAAUGAACCAAAGGAUACCUAGAACUCUAUAAGUCUUGGGCAUUUUAUGUGAUACAAUUCAAGGCGCAGAAGAGGAAUAACAACAUUUUGACUGCAUUUUUUUCCAAUUAUAACCAAAUCUAGUAUUUUAAGCUUGAAAUUUAGUAAUGCUUCAAAUUGUUUGCCAUUUACAGUUGGAAAUAUUUAGCAAUUAGAGGACUUAAUUUCCGUUGACUGUCAAACAGUUUUUUGCCUGGGCAUCACAAAGGCAUACGCAGUAUUUUUACUGAAAAAAAUAGAAUUUGAAUUGAAAUAACCUUUUUAGAAAAUGUGUUUAUUGGAAAUAGAUGGCUUAAGAAAAUAACAAUGACUACAUUUCUGGGUGAUUAAUCCAGCAUCUAAUUCAAAGAUUAAAAAAAUGUAAUUGUUCAAUCUCUGUCUCAAAUUUUGACUUGUAUAAAAUUACUUGAUCUCCAUAAUUAUAGGAAAUAUUUGCCUUAAUCAAUCAAUUUAGUAUUUUAGCCCUUAAUUUUAUUCAUUGUUUUAAUUUGAGGUUAGAUUUGUGACUUGGAUACAAUUUUUAUUAUUGAUUACAUUAUGAAAGUUCUGCAUUAGCUAGUUCAUUUGGAGAAAUACAUUUAUAUAAUCUGCUGAAAAGCAUUACUUCAUGUUCAUUUAUGUAACAGAUAGAUUGGAGAAUACACAAGCAUCAAUUUUUCUGAUUGUUCAUACCAUAAAUGUCAGCACCACCCAGAUUAAAGAGGGUCUCUUCACUACUUGCCAGAAAAUCUCCAUAUUAUUUCUAAAUGCGCUGCAUGUUUGCAUUAAAACUAAUAAUAUGCACAUCUGUUGCAAUCAAUUGGAGUUUUGAACUUCAUAUCCAGAUCAUCUCUAAACUUACCUGUUUCCAUCCUAGCAAAGUCAGCUAUCUGCAUUUGCGUGAUAUUCAGUGCACUGAAACCGUCUUCUGCAUUUGAUAGUUCUAGAAUCAUUUGCUGAAACACUUCAUCAUUAAACUCCAUCCUGAACUUCAUCAUUAAACUCUAUCUGAAUUUCUGCUACCUGUAUACUACCCAUGUACAUCAACAUUCUCACCAGCAACUGCCUUGGUAUUUUCCAGUAUUUGAAUUCCAAGACUUCCAUCUAGAUCCUGUAAAUCUCCCUCACCUCUGCACCUCCUUCACCCCUAUUUGAUUUCUGUUAAUUUUAAUUUUAUCCAUUCAUUAUCUCCUGCCAUCAAUAGUAACCAAUCAGUUGUUGGUAUACAGAAUAAAGAGGCAAUCGGAUAAUUAUUUCAAAUUCAUACCCGAUAGCAGAACAGCUGACUUAAAAUAACUUUUGCUUACAGCAGUGGCCCAGUGCAGCUUGUUGUUUUAAUAUGAAAUGUGGCAGGAAAUUGAUUAAAUCUAACUCUGAAAGUUAUAUGCUGUUCAUUCAAGUAUUUAAUCGAAAAUAAACUGCUUGCUUGGCUUAUGAUUAGUUUUGU